AAUAAAAUUGUGAAUGAGAUACCACUUGCUUUUUCUGUCUCUGUGGCUUUAGCGUUUGGGGUUUUGAAGCAGAGAAGAGAAGAUGGGAGGUUCGAUGAAGGAUGUGCAGUCAAAGGUGGAGCUUGAUAACCUGCGCCAGAGUGGCGCGCCGAUUAUCCUGCACUUCUGGGCAUCUUGGUGUGAGGCGUCCAAACACAUGGACAGUGUCUUUUCCCAUCUCUCCACCGAUUUCCCUCAUGCCCAUUUUCUUAGGGUAGAAGCAGAAGAACAACCUGAGAUAUCUGAGGCAUACUCUGUUUCUGCUGUACCUUACUUUGUCUUUUUCAAGGGUACAAUAUUAGGAGAUUUGACAUUAGAGAGCAUAAGGGAUGAGAAGGUCAAAUUUGGAACUUUUGAUAUCCUCUUGGACAAUGAAGUUCGUGAGGGUUUAAAGAAAUUCUCUAACUGGCCAACAUUUCCCCAACUCUAUUGUAAAGGAGAACUUCUCGGAGGGUGUGACAUAGCAAUUGCAAUGCAUGAGAGUGGUGAACUGAAAGAAGUUUUCCGAGAUCAUGGGGUUGAUGCUGCUGGGACUGAACCAGGAACGGGUGGCAUCUCAGAAUCUACUGGAUUGAGUGUGACUCUGACCUCUCGGCUGGAGAGUUUGAUUAAUUCAAGCCCUGUUAUGCUGUUUAUGAAGGGAAAACCUGACGAACCCAAGUGCGGUUUCAGCCGUAAGGUAGUAGAAAUUCUAAGACAGGAAAAAGUUGAUUUUGAAAGUUUUGACAUACUAACCGAUGACGAAGUUCGUCAAGGGCUCAAAGUUCAUUCAAAUUGGUCAAGUUACCCUCAAUUAUAUAUUAGAGGAGAACUCAUCGGUGGAUCAGACAUUGUAUUGGAGAUGCAGAAAAGUGGGGAACUUGAAAAGGUUUUAACUGAGAAAGGAAUCAUUAAGAAAGAAAGUCUUGAGGACCGUUUGAAGAGUUUGAUUACUUCUUCACCAGUGAUGCUCUUCAUGAAGGGGACUCCUGAUGCUCCAAGAUGUGGUUUCAGUUCCAAAGUCGUCAAUGCAUUGAAGGAGGAAGGUGUGACUUUUGGUUCCUUUGACAUAUUAACUGAUGAAGAAGUGAGGCAAGGACUGAAAGUCUUCUCUAACUGGCCAACCUUCCCUCAACUUUAUUAUAAAGGCGAGCUUAUAGGAGGCUGUGAUAUUGUAAUGGAGCUGCAAAGCAGUGGAGAGCUGAAAGCUACCCUCUCUGAGUAGGGUAACUUUGAUUAUACAGAAUCAUUUACAGCCAACCUUAGCUCAAGUUUUCUGUUGGAUGUUCACCAGUGACGUUAUACUUGUACCCUGAGCUUGCUUUAUGUCAGUUACCUUGUUUUUCUUAUCUUCGAUAUUUUUUUCCAUGGUUCAUUGGAUGUUAUAACUUCUUGAAUAUUUUGGAAUGUGGACUAGCAUGCAGUAUAAUCCAUAUGUAUUUAAAUUAUCGGAAAUGUGGGUCUAUUAUUGCAAACAUUUGUUGCUCAUGUAGUUCGUUCAACG